AUGGCGCCGCGAAAUGAGGUCGACCACACCGUGGUUUACCACGACGAUGUCGCCGCAGCGACUAAAGUUGGUGUUCCCGUCGAGGAAGUGACGGCAACCCGUAUCACGGAAGACGAUGUCGCGCGAAAGUCCGCCGAAGCCUUGACUCUGCGUUCCAAGACCGGCCUGCGCAUCAUGAUGUACAUGCUGAUCAUGGGUGCCAACCAGGCAGGUUACGGUGUCGAUUGGGGUGUCAUCAGCGGCAUCAACUCCUUCGACCGUUGGCACGACUACUACGGAUUCGGCGAUUCCGGUCCCAUCAUCUCUACCAUCAACGCCCUCAUGCAAAUCGGAAGUUUCGUUGGUGCCCCGUUUCUCAGCUACGGUGAUGUCCUCGGCCGUCGCGGAGUCAACUUCCUCGGAAACGCCCUCGUAAUCAUUGCAGCCAUCAUGCAAGCCUUGGCUCCCAACCUGGCCUGUCUCAUGGCUGGCCGUCUCGUUCUCGGCUUCGGCACGGCGCUCUGCACCGCUCCUCAGUACGUUGCCGAGGUCGCCCCGGUGCAUCUUCGUGGCCGCAUCGUAGGUGCUUUCGGCGCCUUCUUCCAAGUCGGUUCCCUCAUGAUGCUCGGUAUCAUGAUGGGCCUGACCACAUGGGAGAGCGACUGGCAAUGGCGCGCAGCUUUCCUCCUCCAGGCCAUCUUCCCCGUUAUCGUCUGCGUCGGUCUCUACACCGUCUGCCCCGAGUCGCCGCGUUUCCUGGUCAUGAAGGGCAAGAAAGAAGAGGCGCGCCGCAUGAUUGCAAAGUACAUGACGACGCACAACGACAUCAACCACGAGAUUGUCGACAUCAUGAUCCUCCAGAUCGAAGAGUCCAUCGAGACCUCCAAGGCCGGCUUCCGCGCCACCUGGGACUUCCGCGUAUUCUUCACCCGCGCCGUUUGGUUCCGCACUUUCGUCCUCGCCGUCUACGCCGUCUUCCAGCAGUGGAACGGAGGUGGUAUCAUUGGUUACUACCUUGCUCCGGCUCUCAAGACCAUUGGCAUCACUGAGCAGCUCGACCAACUCGGUAUCAACCUCGGCCUGACGGGAAUCUACUUCGUUUUCACCCUGUUCGGAGCCUACAUCGUCGACUUCUUCAGGAGACGCACGCUCAUUUUCGCCGGUCUGAUCAGCAUAAUCAUUGCCCAAAUCGCCGUCACCAUCACUAGCUGGCAGUACGAGCAGACGGGAGGCAUGAGGGCCACCGCCAUCCUGACCGUCGUCUGGGUCUACUGCUUCCAAAUCUGCAGUGCCAGUUUCAUUGCAACGAUGCACAACCUUUACCCCGUCGAGCUGUUGUCUCUGCCGCUCCGCGCCAAGGGUAUGGGUCUCUUCGCCAUGUUCCAGGCCAUUGCGGCUGUUAUUCACACCUACGGCAUCGGCAUCGGUGUCGGCAAGCUUGGGUACAAGAUUUGGGUCGUGUACAUUGUGUACAACUUCCUGCAGGUCAUUGCGAGUUACUUUGUGUUCCCCGAGACGAGUAAGCUCAACCUCGAGGAGAUUGACAGCAUUUUCGAAACUCCUGGUACCAGACCUGUCAAACUGAGCAUCAAGAUUGCCGACGCCAAGAGAGAGAAGGAGAAGCUUGAGCGCCAGAAUGGCGUCUAG